GGGUUAAAAUACACAUAAUUGUCCCGUGUAAAUUGUAUAGUUUUUGUAUAAUUUUUAUUUGUUUUAUUUAGUUUUUAGUAUUAGAUUACAUUAUUUUGUGUUGGACCAGGUCCUAGUGCAAAUGGAGCGGAAAAGAGUAAUAAUUAAAUGACCAGCCAGUUGGGCAGAGUAGAAUGCCAGUGACAGAAACUAAAAUCGCCACUAUUUUCUUUGAUUGAGUCGAGCCCACUUAUCUCUAUAGUAUAAAACAUAGAGGCUUCAUAUGAAACACAUGGGCUGCCAUAUGUACUAAGCCCAGCAAAACCUUUAAAGUCAAGAUAGUGGGCCGCUAAUUUCCACAUACAAGUUCACGAAACAUCAAAUGAGGACCGUUACUUCUAUUUUUUGGGCUUUUGGAAACAAGAAACUAGUGGAUUGAAUAUUAUAGAAACAAAAACCCUAAAGGCCAGGAGAUUGAUUAUAUAGUGGACGUGAAUCAAAGUGAAAGGGAUCCCCUAAUUAAUUUUUCGUAGGGCAGAGGAGGUUGACGGCAGAAACACAACAGCAGGCUGCGAUCAAGAGGAAAGAAAGAAAAGAAAGGAUUGGUUCGAGCUUCAAGCCGCAAUCAAGUUUCAACCACAAUCAUAUCAGUCUUGGAAUUGGCAACCGAAACAAACAACAGAGGACUUCCGUGACUGGUUUAAGGCUGCUAAUGAAGAAAAUAAUAGGGCAAUUCAAGCCGCAUUUGAUCUUUUAAAUUCACAGAGCUUGAAAAACCAAGGCCGUUACCCGUAUGAUGUGAAUGGAAAUUAUUCAGGAUAUCAAACGGCCGAUGGUAAGAGGGAUUAUACAAUUUUAGAUUCGGGGGGAGAAAUAUGCAUUGAGAGUCCACUGCAAGGUAAAUAUUACGAUUCUAGUUUUAAUUAUUAUAAUUCUCAUGAAUCAGAUUUACCCUUGUCUUGUGAGAAUAAUGUCGUGCAGGUUUCACAUUUUGAGCCCUUGAAUGAAGAAGAUGAGGAUCACACUCAGGAACCGGAGACGAUAAUGGACAUUGAAGUCCCACCUCCGGCUCAGCAGGUCGUUAAUUCCAGUUAUUGGUGUCCCACGCCAUGGGAUAUUGAUGAUGGAUUUUGGAGUGAUGAUGAUGAGGGGGUAGUAGAAGAGGCAGAGUUGGAGGUGCCUGACUACACCGUAGACAAGAGUGAAGAAGUUAAAAAGGAGCUACUUGACAAGAUGGAGGAUGAGAAAGGUGAGCAUGUACCAUCUUGGGAGGAGGAGUUUGGUGAUGAGUUGGUAGGUUUGCCAACUCUUGAAGAUGAAGAAUUUGACCCAGUCGGUGAUCUCGCCUAUUUAGAGACGUUACUUGAAAAGGAACCGACCAACGAAAUCAAAUAUACACCAAACAUAGAAAAGAAAGUGGCUGCGGAGUUUGAUAACCGGCCCGUGGAGGAUUUAGAUGUUGGAUUGCCACACAUACCAACAAGAACACGGGAGAAGGCGCGGAAGAACUUGGAUCGACAUAGUGCGAGGAUUCAGAGAUGGUUCAAACAGAAGCAAAUGGAGAAACUGAAGUGCAGAGACAACCAUCUUCCUCACUACAUAUCUCGUAUCAGGAUUGAUCCAGGUAAAUUUAAAUAUUGGUGGUCUGACCCGUUUAAAAUUUUUAAAAUAUUUUAUUAUUCCACCAGUAAACUUCUAAUUAUCUUUGAGGACCGAGUGGAACUAAACGGGUUGGACCGGGGUUGGAUAAAGGAGAAACCUCCUGAUUAAAUUCAAGUGUGGGGAGGUCUGUAGAGUGUGUAUAUUUAGUCGUUUAUUUUGUACCAUGAGUCUAACUUAGUAGUUUUGAGUCGUUUUUAUUAGAGUCGGUACUGCUUUGGUUUUGCUUGUUUUUGUUAAUGCAGGUUUGGAUAUGUACCACCCGUACUCAAUCUCCAUUCGGGUGAUUUUGGAGCUGCUUAUCAAAUAUCAGGCAUUUUCCAAGUGUACUAUUUAGAGUCAAAGCCGAUCGCGAAUGGAAUGCUAUACGAUCGAGCAGGAUCGUGUAUGAGUUCGGAUUGAAGACGCACGCAGCUGGCACUGAUUUUUAUCCUAACCAGCUAAGUCCUUUCCAAUUCGUUAUCUUUUGUAUAUUAUUUUAGGUUUUAUUUCUUAUUUAUUUUUAGUUAUCUUUCAUCCUACAUUGGGGACAAUGUAAAUUUAAGUGUGGGGAUGGGAGACUACGUCUUUUUAGGUAGAAUUGAGUCAAAAAAAAAAUUAAAAAUUUGAAAAAGAAAAAAAGAGUUGGUUUUGUGAGUCCCGGUCUUUAGCAUGUAGAAAACGGAAAACCUUUUCAAAACGUCGGUCAAAAACAGUUUAAUUAUCGAAUUUACGAGUCGAAAGCACAUGUUUCUUUAAGUUGCGGGAUAGUAGGUUGAUUGGAUCAGUUUUUGGGAGUAAAAGGGUUUGGGAUGCCUAGGAUAGUGGAUGGAGCCGGAGAGUUAAUUGAUUAUGCAUUGUUGAUAUCGGUAGCCCUUAUUUUCCACAUGAUAGUGAUAUUUGAGCCUUUACAUGUCAUAUAUAUAUGAUCACUAUUUUCGUUUCAUGUGUGUUUACCAACUUGUUGCAUUACUUUAGAACUUGUGCGUUUUGAUACAGUUUGAGACCUUCAGUUAGGAUUUGGCAUGGAUAUGAUAGAGGCAUUAGGAUCACCCCUGUUUGUGUAACCUUUGUGUUUGACCCGUUUCACCAUUACCCUUAGUUACACCACUUUGAGCCUAGCCAUUCGUUUGUUACCCGUUUCUGAUUUGAUAACCGGAUCGUGUUACGUGAUUAUUAUAUUUGUGAAGAAAGAAAUAAAAAAAAUGAUGAAAUAAAAAAAUUGAAAUAAAAGAAAAUGAAAAAAAAAAGAAAAAAAGAGCAAAAGAUGAAAAAAAUACGAAAAAAAAAGAAGGAAUAAAGUUGUAAGUCAAAAUGACCAAUAUGCUAGUAUUUUGUUUCGUGCAUAUCCGGUUUUCAUGCGCUUACGUCUUUAGCCAUAUAUUCCCAAAAUGAAAAAAAAAACCAUACCUUUAGCCCUUGCCUACCCGUUUAAGUCGUUUUGAUCUGUGCCGAGUUUUAACAAAUAGGUGGAAAUCUGAUUGACGUACAAGCUUAUGAUAGUGUUGCUUCAUAGUUUGGUUUUGAGAGUUCACUCAAAAUUACAUAUUUAUCAGCCGAGAGAUGAGUGAUAUUGUGAGGGGUAUUGACAUUGCAUGAUUGGUUGCUCGAAGGUAAGAAAAGCUUGAUUAGGUAGGCCCGUUUUCAUUUAAAUGUUAUGAUUCGUCAACCUUUUGAUCGUUGUAAGUCUUGCGAAACCGUUGUGUUUAAUGAUUUCGUAGUUCGCGUUAUAAUUUGUUUGAGACUUGCGUUAUUGUUAAGUGUUUAAGUUGAACAUGUUGAUUGGGAUUUUGCAUAAGUCUUUUUCAGGGACGAAAAAGGUUUAAGUGUGGGGAUAUUUGAUGUGGGUUAAAAUACACAUAAUUGUCCCGUGUAAAUUGUAUAGUUUUUGUAUAAUUUAUAUUUGUUUUAUUUAGUUUUUAGUAUUAGA